AAAAUGAUGCCAUUGGGUCCUUGGGUAACACUUUAAAAGGCAAAAGCAAUGUGGAGCAUUGGGGCGCAUAGAGCCACUCGUGGGAGAAAGAGUGAGCAGUGUUUAGAUACCUGAGACCCUGGCUUUUGAUUUGCCUCUGCCUGGGGUCUGCACAUGCUGCUUGCUCCUGCUCCUUCCUAACGAGUGUAUAGAUUGAGCUCUUUGAAAUGUGAGUAUUAUGGGAAGGAUCGCAGUUGCUUUAAAUUAUAGGAGUUGGCAAGUGCCUGGGAGAAGGAGUGGGAGGCUGUUUAAACUGAGGAAGACAGUUGGAAACGCUGUACACCAGCAUGAGCGCCACGCUUCAAACGCCUUCCCCUGCUCAGAAGAGCACUUUAUUUUUCACCAAGUCGUUUUGGGGAUUCUUUUGGAGCAGCUCCGAGUAAUCAGCAUAUUUCUGCUUUGCAAUUUUUUUUUAAUGGUUUCUAAAUUCAUGGGACAACCAACGCAAGAAAGCCUCAUGUUUGGGGGAAAAGUUUGAUACCAGCAAUGCCCAGAAGAGAGCCAAAGAUGUUUGUCUUGCUCUAUGUCACAAGUUUUGCCAUCUGUGCAAGUGGACAACCUCGGGGCAAUCAGGUCAAAGGAGACAGCUACUCCCCAAGAUACAUCUGCAGCAUCCCUGGCUUACCUGGGCCACCAGGCCCCCCUGGAGCCAACGGAUCCCCGGGGCCCCACGGUCGCAUCGGCCUUCCAGGAAGAGAUGGUAGAGACGGCCGGAAAGGAGAGAAAGGUGAAAAGGGCUCCGCAGGUCUGAGAGGUAAGACGGGACCCCUGGGUCUGGCUGGCGAAAAAGGGGACCAAGGAGAGACUGGGAAGAAAGGACCCAUGGGACCAGAGGGAGAGAAAGGAGAAGUAGGUCCAGUUGGGCUUCCUGGACCAAAGGGAGACCGAGGAGACCAAGGGGACCCAGGGCUGCCUGGAGUGUGCCGAUGUGGCAGCCUCGUGCUCAAAUCCGCCUUUUCUGUUGGCAUCACCACCAGCUACCCUGAAGAAAGAAUCCCUAUUAUAUUUAACAAGGUGCUCUUCAAUGAGGGUGAGCACUACAACCCUGCGACAGGAAAGUUCAUCUGUGCUUUCCCAGGAAUCUACUACUUUUCUUAUGAUAUCACUUUGGCCAAUAAGCACCUGGCCAUCGGGCUGGUGCACAACGGGCAAUACCGGAUAAAGACCUUCGACGCCAACACAGGGAACCAUGACGUGGCCUCGGGAUCCACCGUCAUCUACCUGCAGCCAGAAGAUGAAGUCUGGCUGGAGAUCUUCUUCACAGACCAGAAUGGCCUCUUCUCAGACCCCGGCUGGGCAGACAGCCUGUUCUCUGGAUUUCUCCUCUACGUGGACACGGAUUACCUGGAUUCCAUAUCAGAAGAUGACGAACUGUGACCCCCCCGACUGCAGACCUGAAAGUUUCCAGGUCACCACGGCUGAUGCUUCAAUCUCAUCUGGGUUACUGGAAGGUGGAAGGAGCAGGAAAGAGUUCCAAAGAACUCCUACUCGGAUUCCAGAGCAUCUGCAGACAGUUCUGGAGGAAUUUAUCAAAACAAGAUAAACCACCACGCAGCUAAAACCACACCAACACGAGCGGUCCACAAUAACUCCAGAUAUGGAUUCUCUUGAAAGUCAUGUCCAUGGGGCUGGAGAUACAGCUCAGUUGGUAGAGUGCUUGCCUUGCAUGCACAAGGCCCUGGGUUCAGCCCGCAGCAUCACCAAAAUAAAAUUUAAAAAAAGUAAUGUUCAUAAAUAUUUAAACAAAUUAAAGACAAUAUUGACAAAACUUUUAUUAAAUGCCCAUUGUGAUAAAGUCAGCUGGCGAUGAUAUUGUCCCAUUAAAUAUUCAUAAAAUUACA